AUGGUUGACCUUUUUCAAACUGGAUCUCUUGAGAAGGUGAUGGAAGAGCUCCCACAAACGAUUCCAGAUGCCAUAGAGUUCGUCUUUGACUUUGGAGAAGAAUAUCUCUGGGUUGAUGCCCUUUGUAUCUUACCAGACUGCAACGAUGACAAGCAGUUCCAGCUCUCGCAGAUGGACAGGGUUUAUGGCUCAGCAUUAUUGACCCUUGUGUCGGCGGCACUCUCUACAGAUCUUACAACCCCACAGCUUGGUCUUCCUCGCUAUCGCGAAACCACUCAAUGGAGGGAGCCAUGGAGGGAUCAGGAAGUCUUGCUUGUCCAAAAUCUUCAUCUCCUGGUCCCGUUUGAAUCACUUAUCAGCACAAUCGAUCACUCUCGAUGGAGCACUCGCGCAUGGACAUAUCAGGAACGUUUAUUGUCAAGACGGAUGCUAUUCUUCACGAAUAGUCAAGUGUACUUCCAAUGCUCUUGCAAUGUUUUCUGCGAGGAUGCUGAUGGUGAGGGCGUUCUGCCUUGUGCGUAUAUGACUCCAGUUGGCAAUCUUUGGAAUCCGGGAGCCCCUUAUUCUUCUGACGCUGCUGGUUGGCAAUUUGGAUCAUUACACCUGAGUCGACAACUGCAUAUCCCUGUUGAAUACGCUCCUCGCGAAGAUGAAAGUAUUGUCUGCUCUUACAGAGCUCGAAAUCUAUCGUUCCCCCAGGACGUCCUCAACGCUCUCAGAGGGAUACAGAAUAUCCUUCAGGAGUCCGUGGAUACAAAUUUCUGGUAUGGAAUGCCAGAAAGGUGUUUGGACAAGGUACUAUUGUGGACGCUGACAGGCCCUCCUGAGCGGCUGCUCAAAUCUACGGGUGAGUCUGAGCAAGGAAAGCUCCUUUCUCCAAGUUGGUCCUGGGCAAGAUGGAAUAGCAGAAUGGAAAUUGGCUCCUAUUUCGCCGAUGCGGGCAUUUAUGAUGUUGGCGGAAUAUCCGAAUUCCCUCAGAAUGGCAACCGCGACGUCCAGCCAACGCAAAUUCCAAGAGAGACCCUCGAACUCAACGUCAGGCCAAGGUCCGAAAUCGACGUCACUGGUGAGGACUGGGCAAAUCCGGAUUAUCUCGCCUGA